AUGUUUUCAGAGUCAGGCAAGAAAAUGCUGCAGAUGCUAUCGUCUCUAGAGGAAUCGUCUGUAUUAAAAGAAGGUGCAAUAGAGGACACUGACAAAAAUAUAAAAGAGACACCAUCUAGUGAAAUAAAUGAUUUUCAACAAGAAGAAAUCCUUCAGAAAUACCAACCAUCAGAAGAAUCGUCAAAGGACGAAAUAGAGUCUACCGAUAAACAAAUUGAAAAAGAAGAGCCUUCCAAAGAAACUUCUGAAAUACAAUAUGAGAAGGGACACAAAGACAAUUCAUCUGAAUUUAUAGAACAACCUAAAUCAAUAGAAGAGGAACAAGAAUCCUUUAAGAAGGAGUCUGAGUUCGAAUUUCAGAAACUCGAAAUAUGUCAUAAGCAUGCGGAAUCUAGUUGUGAAGCAGAAUUGGAAACAUGCCUUAUCUCAGAACAACCUCAAAAGCAAUUAACAUCAGAUUGUGAAAAUGAGGCUGAAUUUAGGAAGGAGACAGAAAAACCUCAGACACAUUUAGAUUUGGAUAGUGAAGCAAAAACUGAGAAGAAAUUAGAAAAAGUAGAAGUUAGUGAACUUGAGGGAACACUAAAAGAAAAUUCCAAGUUAAUCGGAAAAAAUGAAAGGAAGGAAUUAGAGGAUCAGUUGCAAGAGGCCAAAGCCAGGGAAGCCAAGGCCGUUGCUGAAUUGAACCAGAAAACAAAAGAUGUCCUUCAUUACCAAAAAAUUAUGGAAGAAUACGAAAAAACAAUAGCUACCCGCCUUGCAGACUGUCAGAAGUUGAAAGAAGAACAUGAAAUAGCGGCACGUCAUUUAGCCAAUAUUGAACUGGCAUUUUCUGAUCUACAUCAGAAAUAUGAGAGAACUAAGGAUCUGUUAGAAGGAUUUAAAUCGAAUGAAGACACUUUAAAUGCUGCUCUGCAGGCUUCCGAGAACACAAUUAAGCUACACGAGGAGAGGUAUGAGGCCUUAAAAGCGCACGCAAAAGAACAGAUAGGAAUAUCCAACAAGGAGAUACUCACGUUAAGGGACAAGUAUGAGAUGGCUACUAAUAAACUUAUGAGUAUUAUUAAACGUUUAGAAAUUAAAUGCGCUUCCUUAGAUAUUUCUCUACAACAGAAAACUCAGGAAUGUGCUGCUUUGGCAACUCUCUGGGAUGAGGUUACAGGAAAGAAAGUGUAA